CACACUCCUUGCUUUUCCAUAAUUUAUUAACGGUAACAAUUACAGAAGAUUCAAUAAUUGAAGGUGAGUUCAUAGUUUACUUGAAAAAGACGCAGCUGUCUUUAGCUUUCCAGUCCGUUGCUCGCUGUAGCUAAUACAACACGAUAUUUAGCCUCCGAAACAGCGCCUAUCAAUCGAGUCGAGGCGACGCUCGAAUCGCCAAAUAUGGCGCUCAUACAGACGGCAUUCAUUUGGGUGGCAUAUGCUGUUGCCGUAGCUCUUGUAGCUCUCAUAGCUGCGAUAUUUACCUACACAUAUCAAACGCCGAGAGACAGAUCAGCCCUGGUCUCAACUAUCACAAUCAUAACCUUAACGUCCUUACUGGCAACGGUCCUUCUACUCUCUGUCGAUAUUGCUUUGGUCAGCUCUACGAAUUCUGUUAAGCUUGGAGCCAAGAAGGAUUGGGCGACUCCAGACACAGUGAAGAACAUAUUGUACACACUCGAGAUUGUGUACUACACCCUCUAUAGCUUGGACGCUCUCCUCUGUCUCUUGGUGGUCCCCUUCACAUAUUUCUUCUAUGAAGAAUAUGAUGAUGUCGAGGCUGAAGAAGGCACUCAAACCUUCUCUCAAAGGUUUAUGGGAGCAUUGAAAUACACCCUGAUCUUCGUUGUCCUUGUGGUCAUUAUCUUCCUCGUUGGCUUUUUCGUGCCCGUUGCCUGGAACCGCAAUGGAUCUCAUCAUGAGUGGAACGACUUCGACUAUUUCAAGGGUCUAUUGUCUGAGAACCACGGCGAACGAGCUCUAACCUUUGCUCUUGGAUUGCUCAUUUGCUUGGGCACGUUGCUCUACAUCUUAUAUACCGCAGCGGGACUCGCUCUUCUACCUAUCUCUUUCAUCAAAUCAGCUCCUUCUAUUAGCGCACCUCAAUUAUCAGAGACUACAGCAUCGGCCUUGGAACAGAACCGAGAGAGACAACGCCAACUCGAGGGCCGUAAUGCUGGCCGCGAAGAUGGAAUGCCGGCUAAAGAUCAGAGAGAGCUAGAGGCAUUGGUUCGUGAAGAGCGAACCCUUGUUCGUAGAGAGCGUCUUGCUGCAGAGGCUCGAGGCGAUGGCAAGUCGUUCAUUGUCAGAGCAUGGACCAAACUUUGCGCUGUGUUCCGACCUCUGAAGCUGAUUGGAGGCAUUCUUCUUCUCCUGCUUGCAAUCGUACUUUGGGUGUCAAUGUUGAUCACUGGCAUUGAUAAAGCGACGAACUCGGUCUGCAAACAGCAUUGUGGAUAUAUCUUGGGCAGCAUCAACGUUUUCCAACCUGUGAACUGGCUCUUUGUGCAGACAUCAAGGGUCUUCCCCAUCGAUUAUGCAAUCAUGGCUUUGCUGGUGCUAUUCUUCUUCAGCAGCUCUGUGGCUGGAAUUGCGACUAUUGGAAUCCGCUUCUUGUGGAUCAAGAUCUUUGAGAUUCGCAAGGGCCAUACCACGCCUCAAGCUCUUCUCAUGGCGACAGUGAUGUUGACUUUGAUUAUGCUUGCAAUCAACUACUCGGUUGCCAUGAUUGUUGCUCCACAAUAUGCUAUUUACGGAGCCCAGACGUUUUGCAGCAACCCAACUCGAUUCCCUGGUGACCAGCCCAAUUGCUCAAAGCAUCCCGAACUGGUUAAACCAUGCUCUGAGCUAUCUACCGAUGGCGGAUCCAAGAAUGUCUGCACUCCCAGUGUCGUUUCCACGUUCCUUAAUCGAGUAACGGCCAACUUCCCAGUCUUUGGCGCUCUGGCUUUUUGGGCACAGUUCGCCUUCCUUGCUGUGUUCUUGAUUGUCUUCCUCACGUCGCUAUUCCGAACGCCAAAGCUGGAUCUUAGCCAACUUGACCAGGAUGCCGAGGCCGACGAGGAGGAAGGCCUUCUUGCCAGCACGGGGAGAAGAUUUGGCGCUACCUGGCAAGAUAUUCGUGGCAAGGCGAAGAAGACAACAACUUCAAAUAAUCAUGAUGACAAUCAAUAAAUGGAUGGUUCGCGGAGGACUAAAUUGAGCGCUCUCUUUCACGUUGUCGUUUGUACAGUCUUGGAUUUCUGCAUGGUUCCGGCAUGGGAGUAGGGAAGCAGGAGUCAGGAUAUACCACGCGGACUCCGAAAAAAUGUUUAUGUAUACGAGUAGGAUGUCAAUCAAAUUGUACGAGCGUUGCAUUAUAAUGAUUUUCGCCCAUU